AAAAAAAAUAAAAUAAAAUUUGAAAUGGAAGGUACAAGAAUACUAGACUCAGAAACCCUGGUCGGUCGAAGGCGGCCCAGCCCGUCUAUUAUAACAAAACAAAACCCUUUCAAUAGUCUCCCGCAGCCUCCUAUAGCCUUCUGCUUUCACUCACCAUCCCAACCCAUUUUCUCCACCCGAAACCCAUUUCAUGGCCGCUGACGCCAACGGAACCUUCUCAGCUCAUUAUCUAUCUCUUACCGUAAUUUCAUUCACGUCUAUUCUCACCACUCUCACCAUUCACUGAUUUUUUUUUUUUUAAAUAAAAAUCCCUUCUUGCACUACAACUCUUCUUUUACUUUGUUCCAGCCAUCUGAAUAGGAGUUAUUUCCGGGUCGGGUUACUCUUUUGAGUUCGGGGUCUAUUUGUUCGGAAUUGAAAAUGGCUACCUUAAAGAGCUGUAGCGUUUGCUUGCGAGACUCGGCUCUCCAGCUUCCGCGUCACAAUUCUGGCGAUAGCUACAAGAGGAGAAAUGCCAAAUGGAGAGCUCCACAAGCAGCUGUACUUCCAAACUUUCAUCUUCCUAUGCGCAGUUUUGAAGUUAAACACAGGACGUCAGCAGAAGAUAUUAAGUCUCUUAGACUGAUUACAGCUAUCAAAACUCCAUAUCUACCUGAUGGAAGGUUUGAUCUCGAAGCUUAUGAUGCAUUGGUGAAUAUGCAGAUUACAAAUGGUGCUGAAGCCGUGAUUGUGGGCGGCACAACUGGCGAAGGCCAAUUAAUGAGCUGGGAUGAACAUAUUAUGCUCAUUGGUCACACAGUCAACUGCUUUGGUGGAUCAAUCAAGGUGAUUGGAAACACCGGAAGCAAUUCUACAAGGGAAGCUAUUCAUGCUAGUGAGCAGGGUUUUGCUGUCGGAAUGCAUGCUGCUCUUCACAUAAAUCCCUAUUAUGGCAAAACCUCUUUGGAUGGAUUGAUUGCACACUUCAAUAGCGUGAUUUCCAUGGGUCCAACUAUUAUAUACAAUGUUCCAUCUCGAACUGGACAAGAUAUUCCACCAAGAGUGAUUGAUAGAGUAGCAAAAAGUGCCAACUUGGCCGGUAUUAAGGAGUGUGUAGGAAAUGAUCGAAUUGAAGAGUAUGCAGACAAGGGAAUCGUGGUGUGGAGUGGAAAUGAUGAUCAAUGCCACGAUGCUAGGUGGAGUCAUGGGGCUACUGGAGUCAUAUCUGUUACCAGUAACUUGAUACCAGGGUUGAUGCGAGAAAUCAUGUUUCGAGGAAAGAACCCUUCACUUAACUCAAAAAUAUUGCCUCUUGUCAACUGGUUAUUCCAAGAGCCAAAUCCCAUUGGCUUGAACACAGCCCUUGCUCAACUUGGGGUUGUGAGGCCGGUUUUCAGGCUGCCUUAUGUUCCUCUUCCUCUGGAAAAGAGGCUGGAAUUCGUCGACUUGGUCAAGGAAAUCGGGCGGGAGAAUUUUGUAGGAGACAAAGAUGUUAAGGUUCUCGAUGAUGAUGAUUUCAUCUUGGUGGGCCGGUAUUGAUUACUAGGUUUCUUUAUUGUAUUGUAUUCUAUUUUAGGCGCUAUACUCUUGCUAUGAAGAAGAGGUCAUAAAUAAACUUUCAUGUUAUGUUACAGUGUGAAGCAGAUUUUUGACUGUGUUGGUUUUAAAUUACAGUUGACGAUGGUUUCGUGUUUUCCUGUGUGCGUAUGUUUUAAUUACUUGUGUGCAUUUAUGUGUCAUCUACAUGAGUGUUGGUGCUGUAGCCUGUACUGCUGUAUUAUAAUCCAUUGAGAAAAAGGAUUACAUAAUAUUUGAAGCUUAUUCUGAAAUUUUAAACA